AUGCGGGCUCAACGAUCAUUCCAACUAUAUUCCAUCAUCUUACUCUGCCUUUUCACUUUUGUAGCUGCAUGGCCAUGGCCAAGAUGGCUUCCAGAAAUGGACUCUUUAAUUGUAGCUCGAGCAGACAGUUCAAGCUCUUCUGCUGCUGAUAGCACAGCAUCCGAAACUGCUUCCGCCGCUGCUUCGGCGACUACAGCCCCAAAGUCUACAAACACAGCAUCAGAAACAGGUUCCGAAUCUGCAACCAGUUCCGAAUCUGCAACCGGUUCCCAAUCAGCAUCGAAAACAAGCUCAGGCUCAGGCACAAACAAAGCUACCACUUCUGGAUCGAAAACAACAUCAGGUACUGCCAAAUCUGGAUCAUCCACAUCCAUAAGCAGCUCUGGUGGCAACUCGACUUCCUACAAUGCAACUUACCCAGCAGGUGGAAUUACUCUCUUAACACCUGCCGCCGCUUCCACUGAAUACUACAAAAUUGGUGACUAUAUUACUUUUGUCUGGAAUUAUACAUCUCUCGAGGCUACUCCUACCGCCGUUAACAUUAUGGCCACAUGCAAAGCCAAUGCUCAAUUAUACACCAUUGCCACAAACCAAACCGUCUCGCAUUCCACACAGGCAGUAACCUGGGAUACUGGUUCCUAUCAAUCAACUGCUGUUGGAAACCCUCUCCUUACUGAAACCUACACUUUAAUUAUCUACGAUGCAGAGAGUAGUAUCAGUGCGACUUCUGAACCCGGAUACUUGUCAGUAUAUGAUACAUAUGCUUUUGGGAUGUACACGCCACAGCCAUAUACUCCUCUCAGUGAUUGGGUAUGUGCUACAUGCAGUGGGGCAUUAUCUGACAUGGAGAGAAAAGCAUUAAAAUUGAUGUUUGGUAUGGGAGUUAUUACUGUGCUUAGCUUCACCUGGUUCGUCACUGGAUUGGGUGUUAUCUGGUAA